CCUGCCCCGCCCCCGGCCCUUGGCUCCUUUUCUCUCGCCGGCUCAGGCCCGCGCUCCGCUGAUCGGUCCGCGGGAGCCCGCGAGCGUUCGAGCCACUAGGGAACUCGCGCCGUCAGAUCACCAGGUUCGCCUCUGUGUCCCGGCGCCACCGCGCCCUCCCUUCCGAGGAAAGGCUGACUCUUCCUGAAGGUGAUAGUUGCUAUAGAGUUGGCCACGUGUGUUCCUCAAGUCUACGUGACUACCAAGACGCCGUGAAGCUGUCCUUCUGACCGAGGACAGGGGGCCAUGCUGAAACUCGUGGCCACAGAUGUCUUCAAUUCCAAAAACCUGGCCGUGCAGGCACAGAAGAAGAUCUUGGGGAAGAUGGUGUCCAAGUCCAUCGCCACCACCCUCAUCGACGACACGAGCAGCGAGGUCCUGGACGAGCUGUACCGAGUGACCAAGGAGUACACCCAGAACAAGAAGGAGGCCGAGAAGAUCAUCAAGAACCUCAUCAAAACAGUCAUCAAGCUGGCCAUUCUCUACAGGAACAACCAGUUUAACCAAGAUGAGCUGGCGCUCAUGGAGAAGUUUAAGAAGAAGGUGCACCAGCUCGCCAUGACCGUGGUCAGCUUCAACCAGGUGGAGUACACCUUUGACCGCAACGUGCUGUCCCGGCUGCUGAAUGAGUGCAGAGAGAUGCUCCACCAGAUCAUCCAGCGUCACCUCACUGCCAAGUCACACGGACGGGUUAAUAACGUCUUCGACCACUUCUCAGAUUGUGAUUUUUUAGCUGCCUUAUAUAACCCCUUUGGAAAUUAUAAGCCCCACUUACAAAAACUCUGUGACGGCGUCAACAAAAUGCUGGAUGAGGAGAACAUUUGAGCGUAUGAAUGAAGACUGCUCAUGAUUUAUUUGAAAACGGAGCACUGCUGAUGUAUGAAGGAAAAAAAGAAUUUUUUUUUAAAGAUUACACUUGGUUCAGAAAGACAUUGGCCAAUUCAGUUGUUAGACAUUAAUCGUAAUGUCUUACACGCCUUGUCUUAUUGGAAGAAAAGCAUAGUGCCAAAAAUUCUGAUGAACAGCUUCCCACUGAUCAUGGGAAAAGUGUAUGUUCGUAUGAUGCAAAUAUAGUUAUACAAAGAAAAAUAUGUAUGGCUCUGAACCUCAAGACAUCUACUUAGGGCAGUUGAUAGUACAUCAGAUAUUCCUAAUGUGUACAGAAUUAUGUAUUUUGAUUCGCUAGUGUUCCUUACUUUGUGUAUGUACCUCUGUUAAAAAGCUGAGGUCUUUCUCUCGCUGUCAUUGCUCCUUUGAAACAAUUUCAUUUUCAAGUUUACCUUUUGUUAAAUAUUGCUGCGUUAAAGGUUGCGUAGCUGACAUUCAAGAAUUAAGUUUUUCAUUGAGAAUUAAGGCAUUCAGGAAUUAAGGUGGUCAAAUGGGACCCUCAGAAAAAUUGAAAAACUGCUUCUCUGAAAUCAAUACUGUAGGAACCAACUGUAUGUGACAUCAUAAGUACUGUCUACUAUACGAAUAUGCUUCUGGCUUCAAGUCCUAUUUUAUAGUACCAACAGUGCUUCUUCCAAAUCGUGGUAAUUCUUGAAGAUGUGCUAGCAUUUCUAUUUUCAGAUGUGAGAGCACAGAGGAAAAUCUAGGUGGUUCUUGUAAAAGUAAGUGGUAUUAGGACAGUAACAACAAUAUUUAUGUUAGAGAAGAGCCUGUGAAAAUAAUGUAGGGGCAUCAGGGCCAAAAAGGAAGAAAGCAUAUUGCUAUUGAACAUGAGAAUGAAAUUCAACGCAUUUCAAUGUUUAAUAAGGUUUGACAGGUAAAUAAAGAAUGUCACUUUUUUAUUUAACUGUAAGGUUUUUGCUGUUUUGUUACUUGCCAUUUUGAUGACUAAACCAAAGAAUAUGUGCAUUCUAA